AUGAACCAAGUACAGCAGAGCGAGGAAUUUCCGGGUCUGCCUCCCUUCCCGGACGAUGUGCCAACGGCGCCACUUCUCAGACUCUCACUGGGGAAGUUGCUCGCCGGCGAUGUCGCCGAAGUCGAGAGACUAUUCCAGGUCUCAGUGGACUUAGGAUUCUGUUACCUCGACCUCCACGACUCGGCUCCAGGAAACUGUCUCCUUGAUGAUGCAGACAAUCUAUUUCAAAUUGGUGAGAAGCUCUUCGAGUUGAGUCUGGAAGAGAAGAAGAAGUAUGACUUCAGCGCGCAGAAGUCGUACUUCGGGUACAAAGCGCAGGGCGCAGGUGUCAUUGACAAGCAGGGAAACCUGGAUCGGCAUGAGUUCUACAAUGUCUCAAAGGAUGAUAUCCUCGGCAUUAGUGACCCGCUUCCAGCGCCAGACAUCCUGCAUCAGAGCCGUGAGCGUCUGACCUCAUUCAUGCAAGGCUCCCAUGCAGUCGUGACGCUCAUUCUGAAGCUGCUGAAUGACAAACUGGCUCUACCGCCAGACACUCUUCCCAAUCUCCACCGCCGCCAAGCCAUCAGCGGCGACCAAGUUCGCUUCGUGAAAGCCCCUCCCCAACCGCAAGACGACCGACGCACUGCACUGGGCCAGCACACGGACUUUGGCAGUGUCACGGUACUCUUUAACCGACUGGGCGGGCUGCAGGUACUGCCUCCAGGCGCAGACGCAGAAUGGGUAUAUGUGCGGCCUUUGCCAGGCCAUGCGAUUGUCAAUCUCGGCGAUGCAAUGGUCAAGUUCACCAACGGGCUGUUCCGGUCGAAUAUCCACAGGGUUGUCUCGCCGCCGGGUGCUCAGGGCGACACAACGCGGUACAGUCUGGUGUACUUUUCGAGGCCGGAGGACAGCGUUAUGCUUCGCCGUUUAGAAGGGUCCGAUCUCAUCCCGCGCAUUGAGGACGGGCAGGUCGAAGAGGAGAUUAAUAGCAAGGACUGGAUCAUUCGGCGGGCAUUGGGCCGGAGGGCGGGUCUGGCGAGCAGCAUUGACUAUGACAAGGCGGCAGGUACGGAGCAGAUGAGUCGUAGGAUCAAAGUAUGA